GCGGCUGCUUCCGAUAGGGUCAAGGAUCCCAGACGACUGCAUGGGCCUUUGGACAAGGCCACUUGAAAGAAUUACAUCGAUAUCUCUUUCAGUUUGAUCCUGUGUGCUGAUGUUGAAGUUUACUUCUCUGCAAACCUUCGACCGCCUCCAUGACAACUUCAAUCGGCCGUCUCCAGGCCUCGAACAUUGACGGCCGAACCCGAACACCGCGAUACAUACAAAACCAACUCCAAGCUCUGCAUUCCUCACUUCUCAAAAAUGCAUCAGAGAUCCGCCAGGCGAUUACUUCUUCCUCGAACUAUACGCCAGCUGAAGUCAGCAUUGAAUUCUGCCUCGCAGUCUCGGUAGUGAAGGACCAGUAUGCAUCCAUAAACUUUGAUCAGAUGCUGGAGGAGGAGUACCGCAUUGCGAAUGGAAAGGAUGCCGCUAAUAGGAGGGUCGCGGCUGGGAUUGUGUAUAUUGUUCCUUCAAACCAUACACUUUUCUACUCGGUGAUUGCACCGCUGAGCGUAGCGGUUGCUGCUGGAAAUUGUGUUGUUAUAGAGUUGAGCCCCACACUUUCAAAACUCAACUCUCUCCUCUACAAACUCCUUUCUCAAACCCUUGAUUCGGACACUUUCACAAUUCUUGACUCCGCACCAGAAGAUACCAGUUUCCGGGAUUCAUGCACUCAACUACUUCCAACACCUUCCAAUACUGCCACAGCAAACAUACUUGUCUCACCCUCGACGUCUAGAGCAAUUGCUGUAGUCGACCGUUCCAGCCAUCUUGAAUCCGCAGCCUCCGCUCUUGUAACCGCACGCUUCAGCUUCAGCAAUCACUCACCCUAUGCCCCAGAUUCAGUUCUGGUAAACGAGUUCGUGAUUGAUGAGUUCAGUAACCUAGUUGUUCAGCACGCAGCAAGGAUGUUCUCAAAAAAUGUCUCGACUUCAAAGGCAGGUGAGAAACCACGGAAAUUUCUCAGCGAGGAGGAACUCAGGGAAGAUGGCACAACGAUCGUUGUGAGUGGUGACGGUGGAGCAAUACUGAGAGUGAAGAACAGGCAGUCGAAACUAUUACAGCGCAAAUUCUCCGAGCCAAUACUCAUCCUCCACUCUAUCAGCAGCCUCGACAACGCAAUAGAUUUCUCUAAUAAAGGCAGCACUCCUCUUCUAGUCAGCUACCUCUUCGCCAACCCCGCCUCAGCUAAAUACCUGGCUCAAUUCAUAAACUCAUACCUCUCACUCGUAAACCAUAUUCCUGCCGAGCUCUUAGUUGGACCUCCAGCCCCCCUCCCUCACCCCUCAUCACCCUCCCACCUAACCCGGUUCAACAAAGAAAUGUUCACCGUCCCCCGACCUUCCUAUACCUCCCCGCCUUCCUCUUCAUCAACCGCCAUCACGAAACUCCUCGCCUCAUCCACAACCACUUCCUCCAAAGAACAACUGGAGCUGGAUAAGGCAGCGAUGGCGGAGCUGAAGCCAACGGGUCAGAAACCAGGACAUCACAUCGGCUUCUUUGAGCAGGGUAUUUUGACUGGGUUGGUGCUUGUUUUUGUUCCUGCUGCGGUGGGGACGUUAGUAGCUGUAGGGUGGGGUGUUAGGGGGUUGGUUAGGGGGGUUAGGCGAUGACGGGGAUGUGAUGGGAGGUUAGGCAGUGAAUUUGUAAAUUAACGGCAUUCACUUCCGCACAUUAGGUGUAUGAGAACAAUAAUUGUAAGCGAU